AUGAAGUUCGCAAAGGAGCUUGAGCGCGAGGCGGUUCCUGAAUGGCGAAUCAAGUAUCUCAAUUACAAGGCGGGCAAGAAAUACGUCAAAGCUGUCGCCUCUGCCAUCCAGAGAACUUCCAGCUCUACGCCUCGACUUCUUAGUUCACGCCGCACCCCGACUUUUUUCUCAAUAGCAGGGCCACAUACGGAGCCUUCUCCCAAACCGUCUUCUCGUUUCGAAACCUCUCGCCCCUCUGAUGAUGCUCCUAGAAGCUCGAGAUGGCAUGGCCAAUCAGAACCGGUCGCCAUCGCAAAGCAGGCGGAAGAUGAGGCAUUGAACAGCAAUGGUAACAGUCUGGGGUAUGGAAGCUUUGUGCCCACACCCCCUACGGACCCUCAGCAACUAUCACACCGUCUCCAAAAUGGUGACGAUGAAGACCAACAGGAUGGCCAGGACAAGGACCAAAACGGCAAGCAGAGUGACAACCAAGGCGAUGGCGACGACGACGAAUUCGAGCUCCCUGCCCCCGCCAUUUAUACAACAUCAUCAUCUCCUGGUGCCAAACAGUCGUUCAGCCCUGGGAGGAAAAGUGCUCACUUCAAUUUCCACAGGUCAAAUUCGUCGGGCCCCUUGAGCUCUGGGACGCUACCGACGUUGGUACCAACAGACACUGCCGAUGAGCGACUUCGCCGCAUCUUUUCUAGUGCAAGGGAAUCUGCUCGAAUAACAGGUCUUCCACGCCAAAGCCUUGAUCUUGUUCGGGAGCGGGAACAACAGUUUUACUCAUUCCUCGACUCGGAGCUGGAAAAGGUGGAGACAUUUUAUAAGAAGAACGAGGAUCGAGCUGGCCAGCGGCUGGUCAUGCUGCGAGAGCAGCUUCAUGAGAUGCGUAACCGGCGAAUUCAAGAAAUAAACAACGAGAGGACAAAUCGCUCAUUUUCUGGGACCUCGAAUCAACAGUUUGGCGAAGGCAACCCUGACAAGGCAAAUGCCUGGAUACAUCCGUUGAAGAAUAAGAUCUUCCCGCCCGGACCAAAUUCAAAAGGCUUCCAGAACAUGCCCCAAACACCACAUCUAGCGGCUGGGAGCAGGCCCCGGGACGAUCGCAUGGACUAUGUGCGGCGGCCUGUAGAUAACGAAGUGGCAUAUCGAACGGCAAAGCGAAAGUUGAAGCUGGCGAUGCAAGAGUUCUAUCGCAGCCUGGAAUUACUCAAAUCAUAUGCCAUGCUUAAUCGCACGGCCUUUCGAAAGCUUAAUAAGAAAUACGACAAAGCUGUCAACGCUCGACCUCCUAUGCGCUACAUGAAUGAAAAGGUCAAAAAGGCUUGGUUUGUCAAUAGCGACGUUCUGGAAGGUCACAUCAAAUCUGUCGAGGAUCUCUAUGCAAGGUAUUUUGAGCGUGGAAAUCAGAAGCUUGCGGUUGGCAAGCUGCGAAAGCUGCACAGAAAGCCCAAGGAUGAGUCUGGCAGCUCGUUCCUUAACGGCAUCCUCAUCGGUACGGGAGCUGUAUUCAGCAUCCAAGGCCUCGUUUAUGGCAUUCAGUUGCUAGAUGACAAUGAUCCGACAUUGAGUCUCCAAACAAGCUAUCUGUUGCAGCUAUAUGGCGGCUAUUUCCUUAUGCUCAUGCUUUUUUCUCUCUUCUGCAUCAACUGCUCCAUUUGGCUGCGGAACAGGGUGAAUUACCCCUUUAUUUUUGAAUUUGACCAGCGAAGUCAGCUUGAUUGGCGUCAGCUCUCUGAAUUCCCUUCAGCAUUGCUUUUACUUUUUGGAGUUAUUAUGUGGGCCAACUUUAGCAGAUAUGGGGAUGAUGCCAUGUAUCUAUAUUACCCCGUUCUGCUAGUUGGCCUAACAGUUGUUGUUAUUCUCUUUCCUGCCCCUGUGCUUGCACAUAAGAGCCGCAGAUGGCUUGCAUAUUCACAUUGGCGUCUUCUCUUGUCUGGAUUUUAUCCUGUGGAGUUUCGUGAUUUUUUCCUUGGGGACAUGUAUUGUUCUUUGACAUAUUCGAUGGCGAACAUAGAACUUUUCUUUUGCUUGUAUGCCAAUCAUUGGAAUAAUCCUGGGCAGUGCAACUCGACUAGCUCCCGCUUGCUCGGAUUCCUGACGACGCUCCCGGCAAUAUGGCGCUUUCUCCAGUGUAUUCGACGUUAUAAAGAUACACGCAACAUUUUCCCACACUUAGUCAAUUGCGGCAAAUAUACCGCUACCAUAUUGUCUUACCUUUGUCUAUCCCUUUACCGAAUUCACCAGAGCCAUUCUAACCUUGCUUUAUUUGUGACUUUCUCAACGAUCAACGGUAUGAUGUUAGCUAUUUGGGAUCUCUUUAUGGAUUUCUCUCUACUUCAGCCUCAGAGCCGACAUACCGCUCUCCGCGAUAUUCUCGCUUUGAAGCACCGCUGGAUCUAUUACGUUAUUAUGACUGUCGACCCUAUACUCAGAUUCUCAUGGAUUUUCUAUGCCAUCUUCGCCCACGAUUCGCAGCAUUCUACUGUUAUCUCGUUCAUGGUUAGCUUCAUGGAAGUUUUCCGCCGAGGCAUAUGGUCGCUCCUACGUGUAGAAAACGAGCACUGCGCCAACGUAGCGCAGUAUAAGGCUUCUCGCGAUGUUCCUCUCCCCUACCACAUCGAGCCCCUGCUGGAGCGCGCCAGCGUCGAAUCCAGCCCGAUAAUAUCAGCGGAAGAGGACCGCCAGACAGAGCCGCAGCCACCGCGGCCGCAGCCGGCCGAACACCCCAGCUUCUACGACUCUGCCAGCUCUACUGCCGUUGCCGGCCCUACGAGCGGCAGCCUUCGGCACCGCACCGACAUCGUUCCUUCUCCCAUCCACCGAAGCUUCUCUAAGAUUUUGGCAGAGGCACAUAAGCAGGAUUUUGAGAAGAAGCGGAAGCCCGAAGACGGGGCUGGGGAUGCGGCUGGUGUUGCUGGUCAGAGCGACGAUUUUGACGAUGAUGAUGACGAGGAUGAAGAUGAUGCCGGCAGCUUGUCGGAAAUGCGACCCCAGAAUAGUGGGAACGCAGCUUAA